AUGAGAUACCAAAGUACCAUGCUGCCAGAAUCAUACCUUUUUGAAACAGAAUCACUAGAAAAUGUCCAAAUUUCGUUUGUCAAAGAGACCGGAGAAAGCAUCCCAUGUAAUAGGAUGGAAGUGGUUAAAUUCUCUCUUAAGGUCACUGAAAUCUUAUGCCAAUCAAACGUGUUGGUAAAGGAAGUUUUCAUAGACUUUAAAUCAGACAAAAUGAUUUGCUCUGUUUACAUCAACGGUGGUCGUAACGUAGCCAUAAAACAAUUAACCUGGCAAUCAACCACGGAAACCUACCAAGGUGUAUCAUAUGAUCCCAGUAGAGCUGUAGAUGGCAAUACAAGUAGAAAAUUUUACACUCACAAAUCAUGUUCACACACUUUGACGGGAUUGCCAGGUGAAUGGAAAGUCACAUUUAGUCAGCCAUGGUACUUGAACAGAUAUGUAAUCCAUAACAGAGAAGAUAACAGGGAACGGAUUAAAGGAUUUGUAUUAAAAAGCAGCAGCUCAACUGAUCGGGAACAAUUCAGUUACACUGAUAAUAACCCCGACAAUAACGUCACUAUUUACACCAUCACAACCAGACCUUCAGCCACUCCUAUUUCAUAUGUGACCAUUUCUGCUAGGGGCAUAUUAACGCUAUGUGAGGUGGAGACCUACAGCGAUCAUUACUGCACACCUAAAUCAUAUGGGCCCGAAUGUUCCAUCCCUUGCAACUGUGACGAUAGAACUGAGAAAUGUUUUCCCACAACAGGCGGAUGUCUGUCGGGUUGUCCUGUGGGCUAUGAAGGUUACGGCUGCUCUGAAGAAUGCAGUGACUCACACUACGGCGCAGGAUGUGCGGAAACGUGCAGUCGCAGGUGUUUAAACCAACAAUGUAACAAUAUCGAUGGUUCAUGUCUGGGCUGCUCAGCUGGGUACCAAGGGGUGUUUUGUGAGUACGCCUGCGAUACCUCAUACUAUGGUAUAAACUGUGCACAAAGAUGCAACACCAGCUGUAAAAAUCAACAGUGUAGCAAUGUUGAUGGAACCUGCAAUAGCUGUAUUAUUGGAAAACAAGGCGGCUUUUGUGAUAAGAAUUGCGAUGCUACUACGUAUGGGGAUCAAUGCAGCAAGCCAUGUAGCACCGACUGCACAGACCAGAUUUGUGACAACGUAAAUGGUCGGUGUUUAAGUUGUCCUUUUGGCAAAAUGGGCUUCUUUUGUGAUCAUGAUUGCGCAGACGGCCAUCUCGGACAAAACUGUACAAGCACCUGCCCUUUUAACUGUUUAAAUUUACAGUGCAACGCGACUAACGGUUACUGUUUCAAGUGUAAUCCUGGAUAUCACGGGAUUUUUUGUGAUAAAGUUUGUGAUGUUGGCUACUAUGGAGACGGUUGUCAUACACCAUGCAGCUCAUUGUGUGUGGUCAAUGACACACAGGUUUGGUGUAACUACACAGAUGGAACUUGUCUACUUGGGUGUAAUGAAACGUUCACAGAACAAGACACGGAAUGCAUCUUGUUCAAGGAAACUACUGUUCCAUUGCACAGCGAAGAGCCGAACAUCAUUAUUCCUAUAAUAGGAGCAAUGCCGCUUUUUGUUGUUUGCGUUAUCAUUGUUGCACUCUUAAGACCUAAAAAAAAGAUGGAAUCCAACGUAACAGUAAGCGAACAGCCUGUUGUUAAUAAAAACACAAAUUGUAACAUGGGUGUAAACGACAUUAAAGUCUUGGUCUCAGAGCUACAUGGCAUGCAGACAAACGAAAGUCUACUUUACCGUGGAGAGUUUACUGGCUACAAAAAUAAACAGAGAUUUGUCGCAUCACAAGGCCCAAAUGAAGUAGGCAUCAACGACUGUGUUCGAGAGAUUUGGGAACAAAACAUUGAUACAUUUAUGAUGUUGGAUAUUAUGAUUAAAGAAGGGAAGAAGAAACGUUCUCUGUACCGGCCUACAGAAAGGUUGUUGAAAUUCGGUGAUAUCCAAGUGAAGUUGGCAAAAACUCAUGUGUCCGCUGACUGCACAUUGCGGACAUUGGAACCUAGUAAAGUAAACAAUUGCAAUAAAAUAUAA